AUAAGUUCACUAUAGAAAACAUGGAAUUUCUAGUCAUAUUCAUUUUUAGGGUUUCCUUCUCCUUUAAAGAGAGAAUAACCCAGACAUUCAGGCAGAUUGCAGUUGAAUGUGUCAGUGUUUAAUGCAUGCGCCCCAUGGAAAUGUAACUUUUAGGAAGGAGGGGUUUUUGGUAAGAAUUUUUUUUUUUUCAAUGGAAAGGAUGUGAGUCAAGAUGUGUCAUCUUUUAAAAAAAAGGGCACAUACACAGAGCGAGGCUCAGUGGUGUAUAUAACCCCCAAUUUGUAGUGAAGUGAGUCCACAUACCCACACAGUCACUCAAUCUCAGCCACGCUCUCUCUCCCUAAGAAUACAGGAAUUAGUAUUUGGCUUGGCAGUCAUUCCUACCUCAGUGCUGGGGAGCAGGGGACGGUGAAAAGGAACAGAAAACACAAGUAGACAGAAUACAAUUUUUUCCUGUGAUCAGGAAAAUACAAAUAAUACUUUAAGAAAAAAACUUUUUUUUUAUUUAAAAAAGAAAAAAAAACGCCGCAAGAUCAAGAAAAAGUACUGGCAAGAGAGCACAUCCAAAAGACAACCCCAAAGAGCCAAAGCAAAAUAUGAAAAACUCGCACUGUUCAGAUGGUGGAUCAUAACCGAGGUGAUCAGCUCGUUAGUGAUGUACAGCUAUACACACCAGAAAACAGCUGUAAAAACGUGUUUCGUGUGGCGGCUGAUGUCCAUAACUCUUUUGGUUCAUCGAUCAAUAACAAUAUAACUUUAGAAACCAGUAAAUGUGCCAAACCAUCAUUUGUAUCAAAGUUAUCCUUAACAAAAAGGCGUGCUGCAUAAUUACAGAGUUCAAAAAGGACCAAAACGACAGUACCACUCAAGUAACCACAACUCAUUCAGCCGAUGUUAGCAACUAUCCUGAAACAACUAAUAUAUCCAUAACACAAUUCCUAGAUCCUCAAGACACUGCACCAAAUCAAGCUCCCACUCAACAACCAUCUGCACAUCUCAAAUUGAUGAGAUCGAGACACUGUCUCCAUUAUAUGUAGACCAUACGAAUCAGCGCAACAGACAAACAUCGCUGGAUAUUGAUGAUUCUGUAUCUGGUGAGUCAGCAAACAUAAAACCAAAACAUCAGUGUCCUGUGCAGCAAAGUAAUAACAGUUUUCCUAGGGUAAAACGGCCUUUAGUGUGUAAAACAUUGAAUGGCUGGUCUAAAAAACUGUGUAAAACAUACUUUAGAUUCUAGGGCUUCAAUAACGACCUCAUAGUCAAGUACGAUAACAGAUCGGAUAAUUGGUAAACAUAGUAUACAUAUGAAACUGAUUUCUGGUAUAAGCUAAGAGAAUAAGUUCAGCAGGCUAUAACAGAAAUUGCUAUUUUAUUGGGAUCAUCCUGUAAAGAUGAAAUAUUAACCAAAGGGAUCCCACUGAGUAAUAAACUUUAUAUUACAAACAAAAUAUUUGGUUACGGACUGCAACUUCUCCCUUAUGAUACCGUUUCAAAUUUAGCGCUAAGUACCAGUGCAUGUAACCCUGUGCCCACUGAUCAUGCUAGAGAUUUACUACUGUGGCUUUUAAAACAGUGUAGAUUUUGGUAUGAUUUAAGAUCUGUUACUGAUACCGUGUUGGCUGAAUUUCAAUGUUUAGUGACACUGACUGAUGAAAAAAUGAAGGCUGCUGCAGCUUUAGGUCUUAAAAACAUGUAUACAGCAUCAAGCAAGGUUUUCCGUAGAGGUCUGAGACUUAAGACUGGUCAGGGUUUAAAAAAUAAACGAGUCAGUAGAUCGCAUCUGAGACAUAAUGUAAAUCGGCGGACUAAAGUUGUAAAAAAAGCUAUAAAGAUGUUGUCAUCAAAAAGGCUGGCUAAAAAACAGUGUUGUGUGGCUCAUCAGAGUGUUACAGGACCUACAAUAACCUCAGCUACACAUCGUAUCGAUACGGACAUGCCAAUACCUAUUGAGACAUCUAACAUUGUUGCCGAUGAAAUACCGCAGUCACAUUUAUCCGUCUCACAUGCUGUACACCAAAACACUAGCCACAACUCAAAUAAUGAAAGACCUGUACAGGCUGAAACGCUGAACUACCAUAAUGACGGUACAGAAUCCGUAUUUUUGGAACGCAUCAAUCAAUAUCGAAAGCAACAUCCUAAAUUUAAUUCCACUGUAUAUUACAACCACUUUAGAUUUGUAAAUCUAGAGAAAGUAUCAUCAUUUAAGGAUGCUGUUCAGUCUGUACAGGGGGGUAUCCAAGGUUUAUUAAACGAAAUGAUGCCUGACAUAGGCCAUAAUGAUUUGGUUCAGUUAAGACUGGAUAGUGACGGCCUCAACAAACCACUGUAUUCAAUCAAAAGAUCUAAAGACAGCUUAAAUGCUGAGUCCUUUUUAAAUGAUACAGCAAAUUUGCUGCAGAGCAAUGCUGGUCUUAUUGGCAAUGGAUCUUUAAGACUUGUUGUAACGGUUGUGAAAAACAGAGAAGGGGGUGUAAUAAAUAGACGGCGCAUUAGGUCGACACCCUAUAGUCGUAUUAUAGCCAGGAAAAGUCGUUGGUUAUUUGAUUUAAAUAAUGACAACAACAAUUUAUGCCUAGCUGGUAGUAUCUGUGCUCUUUUAGCAGAGAAAGACACGUCCGACAGUGUAAUUCUGGAAAAGGCCCGUGAAAUCCAUAAAUCAUUGGGUAUCCCUGAUGAUCACUUAGUUAGUUUUAGUGAUAUUCCCGCUUUUGAGAAACACCUAAACAUUACAAUUAAGGUGUAUUACCACAAUCACGGUUCAUGGCAAGUUUUCCAGACUCCUGAACCUUGUAGAGAAAAGAUCGUAUUUAUAUAUCAUGAAGGCCAGCAUUAUUAUGGUAUCAAACAAAUUAAUUCUUUUCUAGGGUACCCAUACUUCUGUGUUUACUGUCACACUCCGUUUACCCACAAAAAUCAACAUACUUGCCGUCAUUUUUGUAGAGCAUGUCUCAGGCAUGAAUGUGGUGAGACUUCUGAGAUUUCUAGAUGCCCCAGCUGUUAUGCAUUUUGUCGCUCUAAUGAGUGUUUAAACCAUCACAAGAUGCUUGCUCAAUCGGGCAAAUUACAGUGUGAAACUAAAAUUUAUUGUGAUUCAUGUGGGCGUUUUGUUGUUGCCAACAACCACACUAAAUGUGGGGGUCUUAAAUGUCGGGUAUGUAAUGAGAACAUUGAAACUUAUGAUGGCCAUACUUGCUAUCUGAGACGUAUCAAACCUAAACAUGAUCCCUCUGAUAAAUAUAUAUUUUAUGAUUUUGAGUGUAUGCAAGAGACAGGCGUGCACAUACCAAAUUAUAUAUAUGCCUUAACAUUGAAUGGAGAAAAACAUUGGGAAUUUCAGGGUUCUACGUGUCUGAAUGACUUUGUCAUUACAUUUGUGGAAAAAAAAUUUAGUGGCUACACGUUCAUAGCCCACAAUGGUGGUCGGUAUGACUCAUACUUUGUGGUUAAACAAUUACUAAAAGAGUGUAUUCAAAUAGACCUACUAUCUCAGGGUGGUAAAUUGUUGUACGUUACAGUGGCUGACUUGGGUAUUAGAUUUAUAGAUUCUUUAAAUUUCCUACCCAUGAGACUUAGUAAAUUACCUGCAGCAUUAGGUGUACAGAGUGGAAGUAAAGGCUUCUUUCCACAUUAUUUUAACACGACUGAAAAUCAGGGCUAUAUAGGUGCCAUGCCAGCCAUAGAAUUUUAUGGGGCUGAUUAUAUGAUGCCUGAUGAGAAGGCUGAAUUCAUGACUUGGUACGAGCAAAACCGCAACAGUAAAUUUGAUUUCCAAUUAGAACUUAAAAAAUACUGCAUUCAGGAUGUUAACAUUCUGAAGGAGGCUUGUGCCCGCUAUAGAGAAAACAUUAUAAACAUCACUAAAUACAACUUAAAUGAUGAGCCGAAGGUAAUUACCUACACAAUCGACCCUUUUGAGUACACCACCUUAGCCUCUGUGUGUAUGGCAAUGUACAGGUUAAAGUUUUUACCCGAAAACUGUAUUGCAAUCUUACCCCCUGACAAUUACAAUAAGAAACAUAAACGUUUCUCAACACCGGCAAUACAGUGGUUGAUGUACAUUGCGCACAAAGAGGGUAUCUCUAUACAACACGCCUUAAAAGGUGGUGAAGAAAAUGUUGGUAAAUACUGGCUGGACGGUUAUGCUUUGGUUAAUGGCAAACGUAUAGCUUUUGAAUUUCAAGGUUGCUUUUACCAUGGAUGCCGUGUUUGUUAUUGUGAAAAUGACUUUAAUCGGGUAACUGGCACUUAUUUCAGUCAACUGAACCACAAAACUCAAAUCAAGACAAUGUUUUUAAAAACAGAGGGCUUUGAGGUCCGUGAACUCUGGGAACAUGAAUGGCAUGCUAUGUUGGAAUCUGACAAGGACCUACAGGCAUUCAUUCAAGAAAAAAAGUUUCCACAACCUUUGUCACCCCGUGAUGCCCUCUAUGGUGGCCGCACAAAUGCUAUAAAGCUCUACCACAAAGUGGCCCCCGGUGAACGCAUUCACUAUUACGAUUUCACCAGUCUGUAUCCCUAUGUGAAUAAAACAAAAAUAUAUCCAAUUGGUCAUCCAACAAUUAUAUUUGAAAAUUUUAAGCCUUUUGAUUCUUACUUUGGCAUCGCUAAAUUACAAAUAUAUCCCCCUAAAGACUUGUUUUUUCCUGUCCUGCCUGUAAAGAUGAAUGGAAAACGAAUGUUUCCAUUGUGCCAUACUUGUGCCUCUACCCAUCAAGAUAUGGACUGCUGUCACACGGAUGCUGAACGGGCAUUAACAGGGACGUGGUGCACCGUUGAAAUUCAGAAGGCCUUAGAUAUGGGUUAUAAACUUGGUAAAAUCUUUGAAAUUUGGCAUUUUCAAUCAAGUACUAACAAUCUCUUUACCGACUACAUUAAAAUACAUCUCCGUGAUAAACAAGAAGCCUCAGGCUACCCCAGUUGGUGUACAGAUGAUGAGAAAAAACAGAGGUACGUUGAUGAUUAUUUGGAUAAGGAGGGGGUGUUAUUACGCAGAGAACAUAUAGCACCCAACCAAGCAAAAAGACAAAUAGCUAAACUGUUUCUAAAUUCUCUGUGGGGUAAAUUUGGUCAAAAAUCGAAUCUACCUACAACUAGCAUCGUCACUAAUCCAGAUGAUCUCUUUAAGUACGCAUUUCUAUCUCAGUACGAAGUGUCAUCAUUAGAUUUUUUAGAUGAUAACACGGCAAUGGUUAAUUGGAAGUAUGCAAAAGAAUGUCAAACUCUUUCACGCAACACAAACAUAUUUAUUGCUUGUUUUACCACAGCAUACGCCAGGCUUGAAUUAUACAAUCUUUUGGACAGUCUGAAAGAACGCUGUCUAUAUCACGACACUGACUCGGUUAUUUUUGUAAGCAAGGACGGUGACUGGAAUCCGCCACUUGGUGACUAUCUAGGGGAACUGACUAGUGAGUUACCUACUGCCACUUACAUUACUGAAUUUGUAUCGGGUGGACCUAAAACCUACGGAUAUAAGUUAUCGACUGGUAAGACUUGUCUAAAGGUUAAAGGCAUCACACUUAAUGCUAAUAAUAUCCAGUUGAUAAACUUUGACAGCCUAAAGGAUCUGGUAUCAGACUACCCAGAAAACUCAAACCCUCAACAUCAGAAAAAGAUUGUGGUCCGUCAGGACAGUAUAGUUAGAAACAAAAAGUGCUGGCAAAUAGAGACUCGGACGCUGCAGAAAACACAAAAAUGUGUGUAUGAUAAACGACGACUGACAGAGGGUUAUCAAAGUAUCGCUUUUGGUUUCAGUAGCUAUGAACACUAGACUGCAAAAUCCUUUUUCAUGUAUACUGGCCGGCCCUUCUAAUUCAGGAAAUAGUGUUAUCGCACAGGCCUGAUAAUAUUGUUUGGUUUUAUGCAUGCUGCCAAUCAUUUUAUGACGAGUUGUAACAGAAAAUACCAAAUGUGCGUUUUAUAGAAGGAUUACCAAAUAGCUUUAAUGAUGAUGACCUAUUCCCCCCUGAAAAAGUUAAUCUGACUAUUGUUGAUGAUCUCAUGGAGGCUGCUAGUGAAAACUUUGAUCUUGAAAAAGCAUUUACCAAAUAUGUACACCACAGAAAUCUCAGCAUCAUGUUCCUUGUACAAAAUAUACUUAUUUUGCCAAGGAAAAAAGAGCCGAACCAUAAAUUUAAACACCAAAUAUAUGGUGCUUUUUUAAGAAUCCGCGUGAUGCAUGUAUGUAUAUAUAACUUUAUUUGUAAAGUGCUGUUAAGGAGCCGCAGCGCUGUACAGUGCAUAAAAGU